AUUUCAAGUGCACAUGCACAACCGAUUUGGAAUUGGUUGGGUGGAUGUUUUCAGCCUGUGAUUGGUCGCCCGAUACUUCCUGGUCCUGUUGCGUGUUGUUGAAACAGCAAGUUGAUUAAGAAUAUUCUUUCGUUUAUUUGAAUCACAUUUCUAUCUUGUGAGAAGUAAAUACAUCGAUCAUGACUGAUCGUGAACUUGAUCUAACCGAGUCUCAGAAAGAAAUCAAGGCUAAAUAUCCGGCGAUCAACAAGAAGUAUGAAUAUUUGGACCACACCGCGGAUGUACAAAUCCACUCAUGGGGCGAGUCUCUGGAGGAGGCUUUUGAGCAGUGUGCUAUGGGCAUGUUUGGGUACAUGACAGACACAGAGACGGUGGAACCCAUUGAUACAGUUGAAGUAGAAUCAGAAGGUGAUGAUAUGGAAUCACUUCUAUUCCAUUUUUUAGAUGAUUGGCUGUUCAAGUUCAGUGCUGAUCUCUUCUUCAUUCCCAGAGAGGUGAAGGUGUUGCACAUUGAUAGAAUGCAGUUCAGGAUCCGGUCCAUUGGGUGGGGAGAAGAGUUCAGUCUGCUAAAACACCCUCAGGGGACUGAGGUAAAAGCAAUAACUUACUCAGCCAUGCAGAUCCAUGAUAAGGAAAAGGCAGAGAUCUUUGCCAUUAUUGACAUCUGAGGACAUUUCUGCAGAUAGUAACUGCCCCGAGGACAUGGGGGUGUGUGGAAACAUAAUACGUUGUUGUGUGUGGAAACUUGACAAGUUAGAGCUGAGGGAAUUGAGAACUUGUGAUGAACAGUUGGUCAUAUUUUUACAGAAGUUGAGCUAACUUAAUUUUUAUUGUCAAAGAGGCAUCUAUAAACACCAAGAAAACAAA